CCAUUCCAGGGAGGGACCGGCUCUACGGGUCAGGGCAGGACAGUGGGCGGUGGGGAAGGGCCUUCCGGGCUCUGAUCAGGAGGGCUUUCUGGGAAGGGGCCCAGAGCUAAGCACCUUCCAGAACAAGCGGGGCUCUGGAGAGUGAGUUUAUCCAGAGGACGGGAGCAGAGGAUGGUGCUGGCACUGUGGGCAGAGACUGGUGUGGGCACCAGGGCGCAGGUAUGAGAAGGGUUGUAGGAGUGGCCAGGAGGCGGAGCACCAGGCCACACCUGCUCGGGGCCUGGCAGAGAGCUGGGUUUAUAGCAGCAGCCGGGCAGUCGGGGCACUGGAACGGCAAGUCACUGGGCGGCAUGCUGCUCGAGCUGCUUCUCUUGCCCAGCCUCCUGGGGGCUGCCACAGGAGGCCCCAUCCUGGGCACCUUGGGCCCCCCAGACUGUGCCAGGGGCUCUGAGGUGUGGUGCCAGGACCUGCAGGCAGCCGUGAAGUGUGGGGCCGUGCAGCACUGCCGAGAGGCCAUCUGGAGCAAGCCCACCGCCCAGUCCCUGCACUGUGAAGUGUGCCAGGACACGGUGGCCGCAGCUGACAGUGGGCUGAACCCAGAUGCCACGGAGGCUGGGAUCCUGACGUCACUGACGAAGACCUGCGAGUGGCUUUCCAGCCGGGAGUCUUCAGCCAGGUGCAGGCAGAUGGUGGCUGCCCACAGCCCAGCCCUCCUGCACAUGCUCCUCAGAGCCCCGGGCAGCGCCCCAGCACAGGUGUGCUCCGCGCUCACCCUGUGUGAGCCGCAGCAGAGGCUCCUGGCUGCCCCAGGGGGCCUGCUCACUCAGGAGGACGCCCUGGAGGUUGUGACUCCACUCCUGGCCAACAGAGCCCUCACUUUCCACCCCCCGGGCCCGGUGCCGGCACCCGAGGAUGCGCUGUGCCAGAGCUGCGUCCAGCUGAUCUCCCGGCUCCAAGGUGCCGACCUGACCCUGGCCGAGGUGAACACCCGGGAGCAGUGCGGGUCUUUGGAGCCCAGCCUGGCUCUGCUCUGCAAGAACUACAUCCGCCAGCUGUUUGUCCCCGCAGAGCAGACCCUGAGGGUGCUCCCACCGUGGGAGGUCUGCGGGAAAGGGGGCUUCUGUGAGGAGCUCAGGGGGCCGGCACAGCUGCCAGUACAAGUGGCUGCUGUGGACAGGGUCCCCUCCCUCGAACUGGAGCUGCCGAAGAUGACGAGCGAGGUGCAGAUGAAGUCUGGCCUGACCUGUGAGGUGUGCCUGGGCGUGAUCAAGGAGAUGGACCAGUGGCUCUUGUCCAACGGCACGGAGGUCUUCAUCAGCCACUCCCUGGAGCGUGUGUGCGCCAUCAUGCCGCCUUCCAUCGUGCAGCAGUGCAUCACCAUGGUGGACACCUACAGCCCCGCUUUGGUGGAGCUGGUAACCAAAAUCACUCCGGAGAAAGUGUGCCAGACCAUCCGGCUGUGCAGCCGCCAUCGGCGCGCCCGGUCCAUCUCCAGGGGGCCCCUGGUGAACACUGCGCCCCCACCGCCACCGGUGCUGCUGGACGAGGAGAACCAGGGCAGCUUCUGCAGCAGCUGCAAGCGCCUGUUCUACCUGUCUUCCGAGAACCUGGAGCUCAAGAGCACCAAGCGCGACAUCCUGAUGGCCUUCAAGGGCGGCUGCAGCAUCCUGCCGCUGCCCUACAGGAUCCAGUGCAACCACUUCGUCACGCAGUACGAGCCCGUGUUCAUCCAGAGCGUCAAGGAGAUGAUCGACCCCCUGGCUGUGUGCAAGAAGAUGGGAGCCUGCCACGCCCCCAAGACCCCACUGCUGGGCACCGACCAGUGCGUGCUGGGCCCCAGCUUCUGGUGCCGCAGCCGGGAGGCCGCUGAGCUGUGCAACGCGGUGGAGCACUGCCAGCGGCAGCUGUGGAGGGAGAGGCACUUCCACGCCAGGCUGCACGCGUGACCCCACAAGGCUGCCAGCCCCAGUGCCUCGAGGCUCCCAUAUCCCGCAGGGACCCUAGGAGCUGGGUGCCGUCCCAUCCCGUCUCACAGAUGAGAAACUCAGGUUCUGCAGAGCAGGCUAGGGGAGCAGAGCUGACCACCGAGGCCAGGCACUUCUGGUCCUGCAGGGCUCCGUGUCAACACCUCCCCCAGGGGCUUUGCCCUCGCAAACGUCACCAGCAGAGUGGAGCGGCGGAAGUGUACCACCCCACCCCGGCCAAGACUGCUCUCCAUGCUACGAUGCCGCUGACAGACCCAGGAGCCUGGCAGUGGCCUCAGUGCCCCUCCUCCCCCGGCUAGACAGACAGCCCGGCUACAAGCCGAGGCAGGAUCGGGAGAAGGGCUAGGGCCACUGAUGGUCAGCUCGGGGUCAGGGCUGGAUCCCAUCACAGCCUCUGCUGCUCGCUCAGCCUGGGGUGGCUGGGGUGGCUCCCAAGGGUUCAGGCCAGGGGUGGGGGCCUUUGGACUUCUCUGAGGAGGAGUCUGGGGCUUUGUUCUGGCUCCCCAAGGGGUACUUUCAAUGUCUCAGCCCACCAGAGGGACCCUGCACUGGCCUGGAUGUCCUAGGGUGGGGUGGUGGGCAGAGCCCUGGGAGCCGCCGCAGGGGUCUGGGGUGGCUGCUGAGGGCGUGAGGUGCUUGGGGCCGUCGUGCCAUGGCGAGCAGGUCCUUCCCUACGCAGAGCCUCAGUUUCUCACCUGUAGAAUGGGGCGGCCACACGUUCUGCAUAGAGGGAGACGUUGAGACGAUCCAAAGGACACCCCCGGCUCCUUCCCCUGGAGACCAGCACCCGCUGGCCUGCUGGCACCGGCAACACCCACCUCAGGGAGCCGAGGGUCCCCAGGGAGUGUGGCUGUGUGAGCGAGUAUAAACCGCAGGCGUGCGCCAA